AUGCCUCCAGUUGAUCAGCCCACUGCUUUAGAAGCGGGGGCUGUAGCGGGACUGACGGUGGCGCAGCUCCGUCGGGAGCUUGCCGCGCGAGAAGCUCCAACCAGCGGUAGAAAGGCUGAACUCCAAAAACGUUUGCUGGACCUGUUAGGUGUGAAACUCGAACAAGAGGCUCGCGAUGAGGACUCUAGCGUCGCGCCUGGAGCCACACAGGGAGAAGCUGGUCGGGCUACCAACCUUGGAGACGCAACGACGACAUCGUCCGCGCAGCAGCAGGAGCAGCAGCAGGAGCAGCAGCAGGAGCAGCAGCAGGAGCAGCAGCAGGAGCAGCAGCAGGAGCAGCAGCAGGAGCAGCAGCAGGAGCAGAAGUUGGCUCAAACCCUGGACCCUGCUGCUCUAUCGCCGUCACCGAUCCAGUCUAGCGCGUAUCCACAGAGCACGACCACCACGCAACGACGAAAACGACGCUGGGCGGAGCCGGCCAGCGCCCCGCCUACCGCGCCCCGGAAACGAAGACCCCUUGAUGCACACGACACGCACUUGGAUCAAGCUGGGGCAACGCCUGCCGCAUCAGAGCUCAGCGCUGCAGCAGAAGCUUCGACAUCCUACCAAACGCUAAUCGCAGCGACGACCCCAGCAACGACGCAGAGCAUUCCGAAUAGCAGCGAAAGCGCUGCGUCAGCUCUGAAGCCAGCAGUGCAUGCCGCAAACGGCUCGCCGCGAACACCGUUCACGCUGCUCGACCGGUGCAUCACCGAUCGAGUGCCGUGUCUCGUGAGCUGUCGUCAUAAUAAAAAGCUCUACGGCACGCUGCGCGCCUAUGAUAAGCACUUUAACCUCAUUAUGGAGCAUGUACGGGAAAUCUGGCAGGAGUCACAACCCGAUCGGCCUCCAGACUUGCGCGAGCGAUUCAUCUCGCGCCUGUUUGUGCGCGGUGACGGCGUGAUUUUUAUCGUUCGACCCUGCGUAUCUGCAACGAGUACAGCGCGCGCACAGCCGUAA